AUGAAGACUGAUAUAUUCAAGUUUAUGCAGGAGUUUUAUCAGCAUAUCAAGUUGGUUAAAGAGCUAAAUAGCUCUUUUAUCACUCUCAUACCGAAAAAGGAAAGUCCAAAUGGCCUAACAGAUUAUAGGCCGAUAAGUCUAGUGGGGGUUGUCUAUAAGAUCUUAGCAAAAGUGCUUUCAAGAAGACUGAAACAGGUGCUACCUAAUGUCAUUAGUGAGGUGGAGAUGGCUUUUUUGGGUGGUAGGAAUAUCUUUGAUGGCGUAAUGAUUGCUAAUGAGGAUCUGCAGUUUCGUGAAGCUGAAUGGGAGGAGAUUAUUAAUGUUAAAAGAAUUCUGAGAUGUUUUGAGGUAAUGUCAGGGCUGAAGAUCAAUUUUCAUAAAAGUGUGGUGUGUGGAGUUGGAGUUAGUGAUAUGAUGGUUCAUGAUUUUGCUUCAACCCUGCAUUGUUUAAGUCAAAAGUUACCUUUAAAGUACCUAGGCUUGCCAUUGGGUGCGAAUCUGCGAAGGAAGAAGGCUUGGCAAACUAUGGUGGAUAAGGUUAAGUCAAGAUUAGCUAUGUGGAAAAUGAAGCUCUUGUCUUUUGUUGGAAGGCUAACUUUGGUGAAAUCAGUUUUGGAUAGUAUUCCUGGUUACUAUAUUUCUUUAUUCAAUUUACCAAUUGGUAUUGCUAAGGAAAUUGAUAAGUUGAAGUCAGCUUUCCUAUGGGGCAGUUCUGAGUUGAGAAGGAAGAUCCAUAUGGUGAAAUGGAAUGAUGUUUCAAUGAACAAAGACCAAGGAGGGUCAGGCAUUAGGAAGACAAGGGAUACUAAUGCCUGUAUGUUAUUAAAGUGGUGGUAG